AUGCCUCGGCUGAGCUUGCGUACGGGACUCGACCGGGACGUGUACCAACUGGUCCGAAAGCUCGAAGACGAGCUGGACCUCGAUUCCGAACCCGGCAAAGGAUCUAGGCCGCGCCUCACCGUUGCCUCUGUCUACGACUACAUUCGCGGGUCAAACUCGAGCCUCCGCCGGCAAAAACGAAAACCCCUAGAAGACUCAAUCGAAAGAGCGCUCAAGUUCCGAAAGCAGGACCUCGAAGACCAGGAAUCGGAAGCAGAGGAGGAGGAAGCGUCGGGCAAAUCCGCUCAGGACACCCCUUCCGCGCCACCGACCGACUCGAGCCUCCUCAACCGGCAGCUCGCGAGACGGUGGAAGCUCGCCGAGAAAAAGGAAAAGGGACAAGAAACAAAAGAGCAGGACAAGGGGGACAAGGGGGACAAGACGGACAAGACGGACCACUCCGAAGGCGCGGACAAGAUGAAUGGCACAAAGAAGAGAAGGCGCUCACGGUCGCCUUCGGCCACCGCGCGGACGCGGACGACGGACGGGGAGCAAAACCCGGCCGAGGCCCCGUCUAAGCUCCUCAUGCCGAAGAGGGUGAAGACGAAUAAGGGGUACACCAUUGCCGACCUAAAAGGUCUCCCGAACCUGGGCGGCAUAGAUGGCGUGGUGCACGACUUCGAGGUCGACGUGUGGCCGCAGAUGGUGCCGCGCGAGGAAGUCACGAUGGCGGAGGACGGCGACGUGAUCAUGGACAACCGGCCAGCGAAUAGCGUACCACCGUCCGUGCUCUUUCCGGGCCGGUCGGGUGUGGACUGCCUCGUCCUAGAAACCUCUGACAGGGUGGAAAAGAGCCUAUCGGACGUCUUUGACGAGGCGACGGGCAUGGCACCCUGCAUCGUGCAGAUCCACCGGCUCGACCGCCUGUGGCAGGCGCCGGGGGCGAGCCAGAGCCCGCCCAACGCGGCGGCGGCGCACAUGGAGCAAUUCUUACGGCGGCUCACGACGGUGAAGAGGCAGGGCCAGCGGAUCGCGGUGGCGGCGACGACGACGCGGCCCGAGACGAUACCGGGCGAGUUUCACAAGUACGGACUACUCGAGGACAAGUACAGCAUCAAAGCGCCGACGGAGCAGGCGCGCAAAGAGAUUCUCGAGGCCAUCGGGCGCGAGCACGGGGACCCGCUCCUGGACUACACCAUGAUCGCGCGGCGGACGCACGGCUACGUGGGCGACGACCUGCGGCUCGUCGCGCUCAAGAGCCGCAACUUUGCCUACAGCGCGAACCGGCCGGUGGCGCUCGAGGACUUUGAACGGGCCAUUAGCGUGUUUACGCCGCACCUCUACCGCGAAGGGUUCACGGCGAUCCCCGACGUCACGCUCGACCAAGUCGGCGGGCUACGCAACGUCAUCAGCCUCCUGGAGCUCAACAUCAUCAACCGAAUCAAGCACCCAGAGCUGUACGAGAGCGUGAGCAAGCCGGCCGGCGUGCUGCUCUGGGGCCCGCCGGGCUGCGGCAAGACGUUUGUGGCGCAAGCCAUCGCCAACGCCGCGCAGGCCAGCUUCAUCCUCGUCAACGGACCGGAGCUCCUAGACAAGUACGUGGGCGAGUCGGAGCGCAAGAUUCGCGCGCUGUUUGACCGCGCGCGCACGUGCGCCCCUUGCCUCGUCUUCCUCGACGAGAUCGACUCCCUCGUGCCGCGGCGCGAAAACACGUCCACCGAGGCGGGCACCCGCGUCGUCAACACCUUUCUCACGGAGCUGGACGGCGCCCGCGGCCGCGCGGGCGUCUACGUGGUGGCCGCCACUAACCGGCCCGACAUGAUUGACCCGGCCAUGUUCCGCACGGGUCGCUUCAACCGCAAGGUCUACGUCGACCUCCCCAGCGACGCGGAGCGCCUCGACAUCCUCAAGACCAUGGCGCGCUCCCGCCGCCUGGGCAGCGACCCGAACGUGGUGGAGGCCGUGGCGCGCGACGCCCGCUGCGGCCACUUUAGCGGCGCGGACCUCUCGGAGCUCAUGGACCGCGCCGUGCUGGAGGCGGUGCAGCGGGCGGUGCGCGGCGGACCCACCACCACCGCGAGGGCGAACGUGGCGCCCUCCGAGGACGACUGGGAGGUGGCGCUCAAGGGCCUGAAGCCGUCCGUGGCCAACAUUGAGCUCUACCGCGCCAUGGCUCUGGCGGAGGAGAUGACCGAGGUGUGA